GAAACCGGUUCUUUUUCGACCGGCUUUUUCCGAAGCCAUUUUUAUAGUGAUUUUAAACGAGGUCGGCGAAGAGGAAGACUUAUAUUUUUGUGCUUUAUUCUAAGUUUUCUUCUUCCGUUUAAGCUUUAGUUAUGCCUGGAUAUUCAGACAGAGAUCGUGGAAGAGAUAGGGGAUAUGGCGGCGGUGCUCCCCGGUUCGGCUCUGGCCGCAGUGGCCCCCCUACUGGAAAAUUCGGCAACCCUGGCGAGAGGCUCCGUAAGAGACACUGGAACCUGGAUGAGCUUCCCAAAUUUGAGAAGAACUUCUACAAGGAGCAUCCUGAUGUCACCAGGAGGUCCAUGCAAGAGGUGGAACAGUACCGCAGGGCCAAAGAAGUUACAGUGAAAGGAAGAGAUUGCCCCAAGCCUGUCAUGAAGUUCCAUGAAGCUACCUUCCCCAAUUACGUGAUGGAGAUUAUUAACAAACAGGCGUGGUCUGAGCCCACCCCUAUACAAGCUCAGGGCUGGCCUCUUGCCCUUAGCGGAAAAGACAUGGUCGGCAUCGCCCAGACUGGCUCUGGAAAAACACUUGCCUACCUGUUGCCAGCUAUUGUACAUAUUAACCACCAGCCAUUUCUUGAGCGUGGAGAUGGACCUAUUUGUCUGGUGCUGGCGCCUACUCGUGAGCUGGCUCAGCAGGUGCAGCAGGUCGCUGCAGAGUACGGAAGAGCCUCACACUUGAAGUCCACCUGCAUCUACGGAGGAGCUCCCAAAGGACCCCAGAUCCGGGACCUCGAGAGAGGUGUUGAGAUCUGCAUUGCCACUCCUGGACGUCUGAUUGACUUCCUGGAGGCAGGAAAGACCAAUCUGCGGCGCUGCACAUAUCUGGUUCUGGACGAGGCUGACCGCAUGCUGGACAUGGGCUUCGAGCCACAGAUCCGCAAAAUUGUAGAUCAGAUCCGGCCAGACAGACAGACACUCAUGUGGAGUGCUACCUGGCCCAAAGAGGUGCGCCAGCUGGCCGAGGAUUUCCUUAAGGAGUAUGUUCAGAUCAACAUUGGUGCUCUACAGCUCAGUGCCAACCACAACAUCCUGCAGAUCGUGGACGUCUGCAACGACGGGGAGAAGGAUGACAAACUGAUCCGCUUGCUGGAGGAAAUCAUGAGCGAGAAGGAGAAUAAGACUAUCAUCUUUGUGGAAACCAAGAGGAGGUGUGAUGAACUGACACGGAGGAUGAGGAGAGAUGGGUGGCCUGCCAUGGGAAUUCAUGGAGAUAAAAGCCAGCAGGAGAGAGACUGGGUUCUGAAUGAAUUCAAAUUUGGCAAAGCCUGCAUCCUCAUCGCUACAGAUGUGGCCUCUCGUGGAUUAGAUGUGGAGGAUGUGAAAUUUGUCAUCAAUUAUGACUACCCUAACUCCUCUGAGGACUAUAUCCACCGAAUUGGGCGUACGGCCCGCAGUCAGAAAACGGGCACAGCCUACACCUUCUUUACACCGAACAACAUGAAACAGGCUAACGACCUCAUCUCUGUCCUCCGUGAGGCCAACCAGGCCAUCAACCCCAAGCUUCUGCAAAUGGCCGAGGACCGAGGAGGUCGUUCCAGAGGUGGUCGGGGAGGCUACAAGGACGACCGCCGGGACCGGUAUUCCAGUGGGGGUAGGAGAGAUUUCGGUAGCUAUAGGGAUAGAGAUUCUGACAGGGGUUACGGUAGCGGACCAAAGGUGCAGAACGGCAGUUAUAACGGGGGUAACAGCUACAACAAAAGUAAUAAUAGCAACAGUAACUACAGCAGCAAUGGCUACAGCAGCAACGGACAGGCCAGCUACGGCAACGGGGGGAACCCGCCCAAUGCCUUCGGGGGUCAGAACUUCCAGAACCAGUCGUUCCCGGGGAACCAAGCUCCAGUCCAGAAUGGAAUGAACCAUCCUCCUUUCCCCUUUAACCCCCCUCAGCCCCCACAGGCCCACCAACAGCCCCCCCAGCCGAUGGUGCCCUACCCCAUGGCCCCUGCCUUCCCCCAGUAGACUAGAAUCAGGCUGCACACAGACGCACACACUGAUACUGAAGUAACUGUCUUGUUUAAGAUGAUUAUUAAUAUUAUUAUUAUUAUUAUUAUUAUUAUUCAUUAUUAUCCUUUGUACUGUUUAUUUUGCUUACAGCGAGGCUGGUGGUUUGCUUAUUAGUGCACCCAGCCAAUUACAAACAAGUCCAUGUGAUUUUGGUGCAGCUGAGGAACAGCUGUACAUCCUUGAUUUUUCUUUUUUUCAUUUUGUCUCUUUUGUUACAUUCCUCAGUAAUUUAUUUUCACUAGGUAAUGCACAUUUUUGGUUUAGUGUAUAUUCAAAGUGGUAUGUCUAGAAACCUGAAUCGAGGACCACGCAUGGACCCUCACAAUAAAGGAGGAAAAAAACA